CCAGGCACCAGUCUACACUACUAGGCGUGAAGUGGAGUUUGGAGAAUAUUGAGAUUUUAUAGCUUGUAGAUAGACUACCUAUAGACUAUAGAGCUACAGCUGCCGCCUGCUACUCGCCACCGGUUGUUGACUGUUGUUGUUGUUGUUGUUGUUGUUGUAGUAAAUAUUAAUGAAUAUUAUGAAAGAGUGUCGUAACUCGUAAGAAUUAGCUUGCCUUUACUAUAGUAGUGACCAUUGCAGGCGUACGUGUCUUUACAGUUUAGUUACCGUGGAGGGAGUAACGGUUUUAUAAAUAACGACGACCUUCGUUACCGAAUGUGUGUCGCACGAGUCGUCGUUACUCGUUGAGCAACGAAUUUCAUUAUAAUUUUUAUUUAAAUUAUAUUGAAACGUAAAACGCGACUGCCAUUUUCAAUACUCGUCCGAUCACCCGCGCGUGACCGAAUCGCGUCGUCUCAUUUAUAGCCUUACUAUUCCAUAGCACAAACCACGUUCCUGAAAAUAAUUAAUAUCUAUAGCUGUUGCGAAACAUUAUUCGAACAUCGUAACAAUAAUAAUAUUGUAAUAUAUCACCUCAACCAGCGACACCUACUACCACUGCCUACAGCCACUGUUCUAUGUCGAAUAACAACUCAGAAAUGUACCUGUUUGGGGACAUUUACUAAGUAAUGGACUGUAGCCAACUCCAGUACAACGACAUAGACAUCCAAAUUCCAAGUUUGCGCAUUAUUUGCGUUCACUGGUUUACGUAAAGGCUAAAUUACGGAUUUAAAAAAAGAUACAGAACGCUCAAGUCUCCAUGAAUUCGGUUUGGACGCAGUGUCCAGUGCUGUUGCCACAGCGAUAGCACGAUCAGUUGUUGCUCCAUUUGAUAGGGUUAAAAUAAUUUCUCAGGUUCAUUAUACAUCUAUCGUAAAUGGUCAAAAUAAUCAACAUUAUCAUCCAGGAAUCUUAACAACAUUAAAACAAAUUUAUCGUGAACAAGGUUUACGGGCACUAUGGUUUGGAAAUUUUACCAACAUUUUGAGAUUUGUUCCUUCUCAGGCAACCAUGUUUGGACUUAACACGUUUUACCUAAAAUUUCUUUUGAGCAAUAUUAAACAUAAAGAUGAUGGAUGGAGCCAUACUACUUUGAGUCUAAUAUCUGGCGGAUUAUCCGGUGCAACCACAUUAUGCAUGUUCUAUCCACUUCUUUUCUGUCAAACUCAUUUAGCUGCCCAUGUUGGACCAUUGGUUGACCGUGAAUAUACUGGAUUACUGGAUUGUAUACAAAAAACCGUGCAUACAAAUGGUGUUCGAGCUUUGUAUACUGGAUUUGCUAUUGCAGCCAAUGGAAUGGUCAUAAACAAGGCUAUUUACUUUGGAGCUUAUUAUAGUUUUAACAAAACUAUUCUAGAUCAUAGUAAUAGUCUAGUUUCUAUUGACGAAAAAGAUACAAAGUUACCAUUUUGGAUACGGUUUGGAACCGCACAGGUUUCCACUUACUUAUCACAAUUAUUCAGUUAUCCUCUUGACACAAUUGGCAGAAUGUUAAUAGUUCAAACUGCACAAGAAGAAAAAUUAUAUCUAAAUGCCAGAGACUGUUUUACUAAACUAUGGAAAUCUCAGGGUAUAUCAGGCUUGUAUCGAGGAAUGUUGCCUAAUAUGAUUCGAUCAAGUGGUUCAGCUCUAAUUCUUGUGCUGCACGAUGAAUUCAAAUGGAUACUGAGUAAAAUGGGUUUAUUUGGAGAAAAAAUUCAAGACGAUUAAACGAUAAUGUCUUUCCUUCUACCUACUACUUUUUCAUGCAAAUAUAUUUUUUAAAAAAACUGAAAAAUUGUAAAAUGUUUAAUUGUUAGUUGACGCCAUGCGAUUCUAGUCAAGUAUUCUUAACCUUGUUAGUAUCUGCGACCAAUUAUUUGUGAAUAUCAUGUACCAUAUAAAUACUUGUUAUAGAUAUUAAAUUAAUAAUUGAUUUUCUA